AUGUCAGUUGAAAACCAGACAAUCUCUUCGGUCAUAACAGAGUUUUUUAUUGUGGGUUUCCUCGGAAUACAACCAGAAUACUACAACCUGAUUGCUGCAGUUUUCCUGGGCGUCUAUGUUACAGUGGUAGUGGGUAAUUCAGUGUUUGUGCUGUUGUUUGUGUUUGAGCCAAACCUUCAAAAGCCCAUGUACAUCAUCAUGAUGAAUUUAGCUUUGGCAGAUAUUGGAUUCUGCACUGUGGUCUUGCCUAAAUUGAUCGCCCGUUAUUGGUUUAAUGAUGGGUCAGUUUCCUUUCAUGUUUGUAUGUUUCAAAGGCUACUUGUUCACUAUUUUGCAAACCUGAAUUUUCUUACUAUGAUGACCAUGGCCCUAGAUCGAUACUUGGCUAUCUGCUUCCCCCUCAGAUACCCUGUGCUAAUGACUAAUCGAACUAUGAUCCUCUUAACAGGCUGUUCUUGGACAUCUUCCCUGAUUAUCCCUGCCAUUAUUACAGUACAGGCCUCACAAAUGCCAUUCUGUGGACCAAACCAAAUUAUGCAUUUCUACUGUGAAACUCUGUCUUUAUAUAGUUUAGUUUGUGCUGACGUUAGCUUCCAGAGCUAUGCUUUCACCACUAUAGUUAUGUGUGUUCUUGUCAUAACUCUCUUUUUCAUCAUUUUCUUUUACAUCAACAUUGUAAUGUCUGUGGUCAGAACAGCCAGAAAUCAUAGCAGGCUAAAAGCCUUUUCUACCUGUGCCACACAGCUGUGCAUCAUCAGCAUCCAUUAUGCACCCCGCUUCUUUGUAUUCACAACACCUUAUCUACCCAAUGUGAAGUUUGAUGUCAAUCAAAGAAUAGCCUUCACUUUGUUUUAUUGGUUAAUCCCACCGCUAGUGAACCCAUUCAUAUACUUUUUCAGGACCAAAGAAGUCCGCCAACUGUUUCUGAAAUGGUGCAUUCAGAAAAAUGGAAGGGCCCACAAAAUCCAUAUUUUGUCUGUGUUUAAAUGA